AUGGCUUUUAAACGAAGGCAGCUAACAUUGUUUUUUGAAACCAUGCAAAGCUUUCCAGCUUGUAGUGACACUAAAGCUGAGAGUCGCAAUGCAGAAGAUGGGGAAGAGAUACUUCUGGACUAUGUUGAUGAUCCAAUGCUUGACAUUGUUGUUGUUGGAUAUUGUUGUUGCUUCUGGACGAACAACGGAAAAAUUCUCAAAAAACUCAACCGAAUCGCAGGAGCACAGAGGUCUGAUGCGAAGGAGAAAAUUGGCCACGACGGCGCAUUUUCUCAACGACGGCGCAUUUCCACAUCAAAGAAUACACAAAGCGAUGCUAACUCUGGAAGCGUGAAAUGUGAAGGCUACCUGCACAUCAUGGACAUAAACCAGGAAAGAUCUUCAUUCUUGAAAAAAGUCUUCAUAGUGCUACUGGCUGUGCAGCUUUGUGUUGUUGUUCUUCUUCAGUUGCCUUUUGGACAUGUUAAAGUUUAUCAUAGCAAAUUUCAUACUGGACCAAGAAUACUUUCUCGUUUAGAAAAGCAGAACAUAGCAGAUAAUACAGUUAGUACCAAAUUGGCACAACCAGAAGUACCAAAAGCCAUAUUGGAACUUGACAAGAAUCCAGUUUAUGAGAGAUUCAAAAUUCCAAACCCACCAGUCCAAAUUGAAACAAACCUCCUAAUCAUAGUAUCAUCUGCCCCAAGAAGGAUUGACAGAAGAUCAGCAAUCAGGGACACUUGGUGGACCCAAUGUAAAAGCAGUGAAAGGGUCAAAGUUACAUGUGUAUUUAUGACAGACUACUUUGAACCUUCAACAAAAACUGGUAGGGAACUUUUAGAGGAAGAAAAAACACAUAAAGAUAUUGCAUUCCAAAAGCUAAAAGGUGGUGUGGAAUUCGGAAGGAGGUUUUUGUACCACAUGAUUUGGGCAAUGAAAAAUUAUAAGUUUGAUUAUUUCAUGAGAAUGGAUGAUGAUUACUUUUUUUGCCUAGAAAGGUUUCUCCACGAGCUGCCCUUACCAAUGCGCAAAUUAUACCAUUGGGGAUAUGUGCAUUGUUUGUCAAACAUAGUCAGACCAGAAGAAAGCAUUAUACUUCUUUCCAAUGACCUAAUCAAGAAGUUCCUUAAACAAGAUCCAAAUGUUAUCAAAGGUCAUCCAUGGGCUGAUCAAAUGAUAGCAACAUGGGUUCAAGAGUUGAAUAUACAAUCUCUUUAUAAUCAUGACCCAAGACUCCAUCAUCACCCACCUUUACGGGAAUUUGGUGAUGUCCCUGAACGCUUCAAAAAAGUGUGCACAAGAUAUAUUGGAGUACAUGGCAGCUAUCCAAAAGACAUGAGACUUCUGUGGACCUUGAGAGAAGGCAAUGCAAUUUCUGAUGGUAAUCUGGACAAAUAUUCUGGUAAAUGUAAGGUUCCACAAAUUUUUGAUUGGCGUGUCUUUGGUGGUGUUUGGAGGUAUGAGCCCAAGAAACUAAUUGACAACCCAGUAUGGGAUACUACAAAGCAAAAGGGAAAUGGCAAGGACUAUGGUGGGAGGGAAGAAGGACAGAAUAAAUGAUUCUACUUCAAUUUAGGAAAAUGGCUGUCUGGUAACCAGUAGGUCCCUCUAAUUCAUAGUCAGGGGAGACAGAACUGUCACUCUGUAAACUACACUGAAAAUUUUACCCUUUUGGAUUAAAUUAAACCUUCUAUUUAAUAAGGAAAAUAUUAUGCCCUUAUUUAAUUAACCCUUAUUUAUGGUACUAAAAUUAUCUGCAGAGGAAGACAGGACUUGGUUCCAAAAGUUUUUUGUAGAGUCAUUUGCUCAGUUUCUUUGUAUCAAUUGUUUGAAAAAAGGAUUUUAGUAUAUGAAAUGGAUCUAGUCUUUUUAACCAAAAAUGGCACAAAACCAUGUAAUGAAUAAUAUUUUGAAAUAUCAAGGCAUGCAGUUAUCAGUACCUCCAAUAUGAUCAAUAUGUGCCACAGGGUUUGUGACUCUUAACCCAGUUUGUUCUUACUAAGAUUCUCACAGUUUAUAUACUUAUUGCAUGGCAAGGAACAGUUAUAAAGAAAUAUCUAGACGUGUUUCCAAAAGGAACUCAAACCAGAGAAGGCUGUCAACCAGACACAACACAGACAUUAAACAGCCAAGGAAUGAUAAUUUGGAAAAAGCUAGUUUGAUACCUGUUAUUGUGACUGAUAUUCAUAAAUUUUAAUUUUUUGUUUGAUGUGUUCUUGUACUGUUUAUAUGAUUAUUUAAAUUCACUGCUCAGAUUUUCAGUUUAAAGCAUAAAAACAAGCAUAUCAUCGUGAUUCGUGACUGGCAUUAAUACAUUUUCAUAUCUAUUUUGAGGUAAUCUUUUAUGGUAAAUUUAAUUCACCCUUCAGAUUGCUUAUUUUGAAGCACAAAAAACAAUGUCAGUAAACUAAUGCUAAAAGAGUAUGAACCUUACUGUUGUUAAGUUAUUUUGAUUGUUCAUGUAUGUUGCCAAAACCCA